CUCAGAUAUCCAGAAACUUCUCAAUCCCCCAAAUCAAAAAAAAAUCAAAACAAAACCAUAUUAAAAAUCUUAUCCCAAUCCUCCUGCUGGCUUCUAAUUAUUCCUUUCGGUGCAGUUUCCUAUAAGUUGGGUUCUCGAGAUUCAUGGCAGAGCUCUCUCUCAUGGGCUCUGCUUCUUUCCGUCCUGGGAUUUUCCAUCAGUUUCAGAUCCUUAUUAGGCAUCCACCCAAGGAGUUUCAGGCAUUUUCACCGGGUAAUGGCAAAAGACAAAAUAUACUUAAUUCUGGUUCCAUCUGCAUGGAAACACCUCAUUUUGAGGAUUCAUGGAAAAUAUCAAGCCUAUCACCAGAUAAUCAUCUGCUGAGGAGAAAGCCAGUUAUAAAUAGAUCAAUGCUUACUGAUAUGCAAGAUGCAUGUCCUGAAUCGAUGCUUUUCAGCUCAGGAGUUGCAGAGCAGUGCACUAGACAUGAAAAGAUCCAGAAAUUUCUCGCUUCCAGUUCAAAUAUAACAGAUGGAAAUUGCCUAAAUAAUACCUUAUUAUAUGAAAUGGGAUUUCAACCAGUUGCUAUUGACAUGGAUGACGAAUUUAGUCCCUGUAAAAUUGAAACAGAUGACUUGCAGAAGAUCAUACAUCAUCGGAAGCUUUACGUCCCUCAAUCUGUUUUUUAUUCUGUUGGGAACUUGUAUGAUACUUCAUUCAGUACGGAGCACCCAAAUGGUCAUGUCUUGUUCACAGGCAACGCAGCAGAGAUGAAGGAUUUACUUUCAACUGUUACUGAUGUGCCUCAGGGUUUGUCAAAUGGAAGUAGAAAGGCGAUGGUAGUUCCAUACUUUACCAGAAAACGUGGUGGACGUGCACGGUCUAACACUCAACCGCCUUCUUCGGUGUCUGAGACCCAAACAGUUGGUCCUUCAAAGAGCUCUGGCAAGAGCAAGUCACCCCAAAAAAAGAAACAAAGCAAAACCCCAGAAGCCGAAAGGUUCACUAAGAACUACUUCUACGCCUGUGAUUGUCUCUUUAAUAUUUAUCUUGACAACAGUGCAAGCAGAACUUCAUUCCUCUCCUUGAAGGAUUCAGGCCCCGAACUAGCUCAACUCUUAUACCGAUUCUCUGCUGGAAUUGCUGGAACUGGCCUUGCUGUUCUGUUCACAGUUUCGUACAAAGCAAUGAAUGGAAACAUGGCACCCCUGACUUCUUCGAAGCUGUUCAGUGUUGGUUUUGGGCUUGCUCUUCUUUGGCUAUCCAGUGCUGUGACUCGGUUGAGAGAGAUUAUUUACGACAUCAGUAGGAGAUCAGCCAGAGGUAAAAAGCCUAAUGAGGAGAUGGUGCUUGUGGAGAACAUUAGGACGAGCUUGAAUGAGAUUUUCUUCAGAUUUAUGGUGGUAAUCGCUGUUGGAAUAUUGACUUUUUGAUAGAUUAAGUGAUAUAGAUGUCUGACGAGGUAGAUAGAUUCCCAGUUUGGUUUUUUUGGUAAAUUGAGCAUCAACUGUGUACAUACCGAGAGGAUUUGAUAGUUUUGAUGGUUUGUUCUCAAUGUAUAUAUAGGUGCGUAAGGUAAUCUCAAGAAUGAAACAUCGAUUACAUGUUUUGUGCUUUUGGUCAGUGCGGCGCAUUUUUCA